CUAUGUGAAAUGUAAAUAAAAGCCCGGUGGUUUUGGAAGCAAUUAAACCGAAUCUAAUGUGGGUCUAUCAUCCCAGAAUACUAAUUUAUUGUUGUUAACAGCUAUAAAAGCACGCUUCGACUUCCCAUUAAUCACUAGUAACUUGUAAAAUGCGGCGUUACCAAAUUCUCUUAAUUGUAAUUUUUUUCAACAUUUUAUUCGACUCGACAUUAUCAGAAAAUUACGUUUUAAAAGCUGCCAAAAAUGUGCCCAGAAUCGGUCGUAGUAACACCAACAAGAACACAAACAUUGACGAAAUGGGAAAGUUUUUUAUGAAAGCUUCCAAAUCGGUUCCUAGAAUUGGUCGCAGAAAUGAGAAUUUUGAUUACGGACAACCUAUCGUUAAAAGGGAUGAAGUACCAAUUUGGUCUGAUAUAGCGGAUCGGUUUGAGUAUGACCCGGAAAUUUUAACUUCACCCGAAAUUUUGGAACAACUGGAAAUGAGGGAUGAUCCGUCGGUUUAUGAGUGGGAAAAAAUUCGGACCAAACGCGACAGUCACAAACCGCACCCGAAAUUCUAUUACGUGAUGUAGUCACAUUAUAACAAUAAUAUGGUAACUUGCUUAUAAUUGUUCCAUUUGUUAGUGGCGUGAAAAAUGAUAAGGUUUGACAAUCAUUAAUCAGUUAAAUUACCCUUAAAUGCUUUGUGUAUUUAUUUGUAAACGGUGUAUAAAUAAAUGUUGAUUAUAAUUA